CUUACUUAUUUCAUUCAACGGCUGGCAAAUUUAUAACGUGCUUUGCCUUGGUCGCAGAGACCUAAGUACGAGGGAGCAGAAUCACCCAAUCCAUCCAUCAAAGUGGAUGUCACUUGUUUGGGCUGAAAGUGGUUUUCUAAAGUUUGUCGAGCAAUAAUCCGACGACUUAAUUUCCCAUAAAGCUGCCUUGUAUAAUAAGUGACUCAUAACAAGACAUACAUUCUCAUGCGAAUUGUGUAAAGUGAAAGCAACUCAUGUCAGUCACAUGGUCGAUUGUAAAAACCCAGUAGGAAGAUAAGGAUCAAAGUAUAGUAUUACAUACACAGUGUGGCAAUAAUAAUUGCGGAAAUCAGCACACACAGCACUGACCAUUCAUUCAGAAUUCUUGAGUCGACCUAAUCAGUCAAUCGUGCGGACGUCAUUAUAUUGUCGAGUUUCUUCUAGAAUUGCUCAAGCAGGAACCAGUAUUGGACAUACGAUGCAAGCAAAACGCAACUUCUUACGACUGGGCUACGCAAGAGAAAGCUGCUGCUGGGACAAAGUAAAGCAACGAAUGCGAUAGUUGCAGAUUGGACGCCAGCGGAGAAAGUAGAGUAUAACGAGGAGUCGUAGUACUUAAAUUAGAAUUUUAUUACCCGACACGUAAUCACAUUAAGUGUACCUGAUCAAACUUUUCUACUGUUUUACAUAAAUUUAUUGGUUAAGAGAUUUGUGAUACUUUAUUAGAGAAAGUGUUUAACGGGGCAUUUUGAAAUUCCUUCGAAAACCAAGUACCUUUAACUACGCGUAUACCUGAUUAAUCCAUUAUGAUGAAGGAUCCAGUCUGGGACUCUUUGAUAACUCAUCAUAAUCUUGAAGCCAAUCAUAAACGGGUCGGAUCCGACAAUACAAAUUACUUGAUAGAUAUCGAAGCCAGUGCCAAUGAGGCAAUACGAGACGCCAACGCUGCAACUAGCUGUGCGACCAGUCCUGAUUCAGAGUCACGUUCUUCCAGUGAGACUUCGAACAAGGAUUCCGACCUUGGGGGCAACCUCAUCGUACCCAACAGUUUCAUGGACAAUGCUUACUCCUCAAAAAACAAGAAGCCCUACACGAAACGACUAGUUCGGAAAUCGGGCGGCGUUUGUGUCAAAAUUGUCAACGUGGAAGACCGAGGGGAGCGAUAUGUUGGAGACUUUUUCACAACCUUGGUUGAUGUCAAAUGGAGAUGGACGCUCACUUAUUUUACCAUCAGCUAUGUCUUAUCCUGGUUUCUAUUUGCAUUGAUAUGGUGGGUUAUCGUAAGAGGUCACGGGGAUAUGGACCACUUUGAGGAAGAAGGAUGGAAGCCGUGUGUCGUGGGGGUGGCAUCAUUCUCCUCCAUUUUUCUUUUCUCGUUGGAAACUCAGCAUACAAUCGGCUAUGGAUACCACCGGAUGAGUGACGAGUGUAUGGAAGCAAUUAUUCUUCUGGUUGUGCAAUCCAUAAUUGGCGUCAUAAUUGAAAGUCUAACUGUGGGUGUGUUUAUCGUCAAGUUAUCAAGGUCUAAAAAACGAGCACAAACCGUCGUGUUUAGCAAGUUUGCAGUCAUUUGCCAAAAGGAAAAAGGAUUGGCACUCAUGUUUCGGGUAGCGGAUGUUGGAAAGAGCAUGCUCCUCGAAGCACAUAUCAGAGCUCAAUUAAUUUCAAAGACGGUAGGAAAAUCGGGCAAAGUGAUUUUGUGUCAGCAAUCCAUUACGUUGGAAGCUGACGAUCAAGAUGAGGAUCGUCUCCUAUUGUUCUGGCCGACAACAAUCUCUCACGAUAUUGACGAGGAGAGUCCAAUGUACUCGAUGAAUCCUCAGCACUUUAAGAAAAGUUGCGACUCUCAAUUCGAAAUAGUCGUAGUGUUGGAGGGCAUCGUGGAAUCGACUGGAAUGACGACGCAAGCUCGGACAAGUUAUCUGCCAUCAGAAAUCUUAUGGGGCCACAAGUACAUCGACUUGCUACACGAAGGCGUGAAAUAUACUGCAAAUAUGGAAUUUUUUCACACGACCUUUCCACUUCCGGAAAUGUCUGCUCAUUCAGCCAAAGAAUUGAAGGAAAUGGAGGAAACCGAGUCUGAGAUCGUGGACGAUCAGCAGCAUUGACAUUUGUUACCUGUUGUAAAAAAGAAUUGUAUUUUGUUACACGAAAGAGAACGACGAGCUGAAUGUUGGCAAUAAAAAUGAGUCGGAUAUUUUUGUAA